AUGUCAAAGCUGUUCUUAUUAGGACUCAUCAUUGCCUUUUCAUUUGCAGAAGACCCUAUUGAAGGAAUGAUUGAAGUGACUGAUAAAACAUGGUAUCAGCAUCUUUGGGCAAAUGAUAUUUUAUUAUGCAGCUUUUAUACUCCAAAAUGUAUAGGAUGCAUUCAUUUCAAGCCACAGUAUGAGAAAUUGCCUGAGCUAGUCAGAGAAAAAGGACUAAAUGUAGCUAUUGCUAGGAUGGAUAUUUUAGAAAGCCAGAAUACCCCAGUUUUAUAUGAUGUUCAUAGGUAUCCUACAGUUAUCCUAUUUCAUAAAGGAAAAUUCGUCGAAGUUUAUGAUGGGCCAAAAAGUGCAGAUUGGAUUAUUGAAUAUUUACUCUCUCUUUAAAUGGAAACAAAAUAUCAGUAAAUUUCUAUUUUCAGGUAAAUUAACCUACUUUAAACUGGAACAAAAUUUUAAUAUUUAAGCUAAAGUAAUUAUUUCUAAUAACUUUGAAAAUUUACUUCUAUUUUAAAGGGGAAAUGAAGUAUAAUGAUAUUUAAAUAAAGUUAAUCGCUAAAUUUAAUAAAUUAAUUUCAUUGGAAAAUUCUAUGAUUUUUCAUAUAUUGAUUCUUUAGCGACAUUUAAAAUUAUGAGAAAAAAUUAAUAUAAUAUUUUUUAAAAAUCCCUUUUGAAUUGGAACAAUUUUUUUUUUCAUUCAAUUAAAAGUGUGUAGUUAGAACUAAAAGUCAAAGAGCUUACAAAAGUUGAGCUUUAA